AACGGAAUUGACAUUUCCUCUCAAUGUUUCACUAUCAUUGUUGUCUGAGAACUCUUCUCUACCUCAACAAUCUUUCCAAAACCCCAAAAUGUUGUUACCUUCUUCUUCUCCAACCCCACCACUCUCUCAACACCACUUCUGAUUCAGAUCAACACUCUUUCCCAGUUUCCUACCUCACCAACAAUUGCGCUUUAUCUCCACAAGAUGCUCUCAAAGCAUCCAAACGACUUCGUUUCAACACUCCCGACAAACCCGAUUCCGUUAUCGCCUUUUUCAAAACCCACGGUUUCUCCGAUCACCAGAUACAAACCAUCAUUCGCAAGAUUCCAUUGCUCAUCGUUUACAACCCCAUUAAAACCAUUUUGCCAAAGUUUCAAUUUUUAGCCUCCAAAGGUGCUUCUCCCAAAGACAUUGUUGCCACCGUUACCAGAAGCCCCAAUUUCCUUUGUUCAAGCCUUGACAAGAACAUAAUCCCUUCUUUUGAAUUGGUAAGAAGUUUCUGUCCUUCUGAUCAUAAAGCUAUUACUUCAGUAAUCAUUUGCCCCUCUUCAAUUUGUGAUUCUCGCUUUAAACCAAAUCUUCAAUUUUUGCUUGAUUUUGGUGUCACUCGUUCAAGUAUUUACCGUUUGCUUACUAGCAGACCUUCCACAAUAUGUUGUACUGAUUUGAAAAAGGCUUUGGAGGAGAUUAAGGAAUUAGGGUUUCAACCUUCCAAAUACAAUUUUUGUGUAGCAUUAUUGGCCAAAAGGGCUGUCACCAAAUCCCAAUGGGAUGCCAAAGUUGAUGUCUUGAAGAGUUGGGGUUGUUCUGAAGAUGCAGUUUUUAAUGCAUUUAGGAAGCAACCCAACUUUAUGCUAAGGUCUCCAGAUAAACUCAAUGCAGUGAUGAGUUUUUGGGUCGAGGAGCUUGGUUGGGAUCCUUCGCUGCUCUUAGCUGAGCCGACGCUUUUUGGAUACAGUAUACAGAAAAGGCUUAGUCCAAGGGCAUCAAUUGUCAAGUAUCUUCUAUCCAAAGGUUUGAUGAAAGAGGGUGCUAGCUUAUGUACACCAUUUUAUCUGACUGAUGAGAAUUUUCAGCGAAGGUAUGUGAAUUAUUCUGAGGAAGAAGCAUCUACGCUAUUAAGGCUAUAUCAUGGAGGAUGCUAGCGUAUUUUUGAGAAGUUAUUUAUUUAUUUUUUUGCUUAAAUGUUAUUUUGAUCCCUUAAGUAUUUAUGUAUUUAUUUGGUAUCGCUUUGGUCUCAUAAGUAAUAAAAGGUCCGUUUAGGUCCCUUAACUUUAUU